AUGAAGAACUCUUCUAUCAUGUUCGUACUAAUUGUCGUUUUUCUUAUUUCUUCAUCAGAGAACCAAAAAAUGGUAGGAGAAGCAAAACAAUGUAAAACUGGAUGGGCUUGUUUUGGAGAAGAUGCAUGCAAAGAAAAAUGCAUGGCUAAAUACAAAGGUGUUGGAACUGUUACUUAUUUUCCAUUCCCUCCGGAAACUAUUAUUAUAUAUUGCGAAUGCUUGUAUGAUUGCUAA